AUAUUUUUUAUUUUCAGUAUAAUGACAGUGAAUUUUAAUGUGUAGGUCCUAGGGUUUGGGAUGUCUGUAUUACUGGAUCAGUAACACAAGGAAAUAAACAUGACGCAGGAGUCUGAGGAAACUGGUGGAGAAUCAUGUUGUUGCCUGCGUAUGCCAACCAUUCCGUUACGAUGGCUUCUGUUCAUUGAAUUUGCAUUUACUUUCGGAACAACUAUCGUUUAUUUUGCUGAUAUCGUCACGGAUAUAAUCACAUUGAAAGCUUAUUAUGACAGAGAAUGGUACUAUGCUUUUGGAUUCUCUAUUGGAUUUAUUGUGGUGCCUUCAAUUUUACUAGCGGUUCUCGAAUGUCAAUUUCUUCUUAAAAUGUUUGGCAAAAAUGUGAAGUGGGGAAAUGUGAUUGUCAGUACAUUACUGAACAUACCAUUUCAGCUUACUGUGAUCUGGUAUCAUUUUAAGCUCUCUUAUAGAUAUCUUAAAGUUUGGCUGAAUAAUGUACGUCACGAAGAGAAUAACCCUAUAAGAGAAGAGGAUAAAAAAAUGUCUAUGUCAAAUCUCGCCGAUUUGGACGACCGUGCAAAUACUCUCGGGCGGCGUGCAAUAAUGUCUGUGGAAGUUCCUGCGUCAUCUGAUGUUCCUCCUAUUGUUUAUCCUGGAAAUACUGAUCAAACAUGGUGGAAAGAACUCACUCGUGAAGAGUGGCUUUCUCAUUUAAAUAAAAUGAAAUUAAUAGAAAGUAUGCUCGAAUCUCUACCUCAGCUUCUGAUCAAUUUAUACCUGAUUGUUUCUUAUCAGGAAACACCUAUUAUACAGUACAUAUCUGCUACAAUAUCAUACCUCUCUUUAUGUGGCGGAAUUGUUCGAUAUGACAAAACACGCAAAGAUAAUGAAGCCGAUCGCUUGAUGGUUGAUCGCACUUUACUCCACUCCAGAGCUUUUACUACAAGACUAGAGUGGCCACAAAUUUUGUUUUUGUCUUUGUACAAGGGAUUUUUCUUGGCUGCACGAAUACUGGUAUUUGUCUAUUUCACUGUAUAUUUCCAAUGGUAUGUUCUUGUGUUUGUCUUCAUACACUGGGCAGUUCUGAUGUGUUAUCUUGUAUACUUAUGGUAUCCAACUGACAUUGAUAAAAAGACAAAACAGCUUGUUCAAGCGGAUUAUAAGUUCAGGGCUUACAUGUUUUUGAGUCAAGAUUGCUUCAGUGUGUUUCUCAAUAGCCUUAUAGGCAUCUUCGUAAGCGUCCGACCUCAAAAUUAUGGAUUUCUAGGACAACCAUAUUGCUACCUUUUUUGGUUCUACUUUACAUUUAUUAUCGAAAAUAUAAUUUUAUUUUUGAUACCUGGAGUUUAUUAUUCUAUUCUUGAUGAAGAAAGUAUGCUGGUGAUUUAUCAAUAUUACAUUGUUUUAAUCUUUGAAUUAACAUUGAAUGUUUUUGGUGCAGUCCUUUGCACUAUUUACUACUUUUCUGUGCACAAGAUGAGUGUUUACACAAGAAAUGCUUAUCCGUCAAUUACAAAACUGCAAAAAAUAUGCUGUUGCUCAGCGAUGAACCCUUCAGUACCAUCGGACUGGACUGUGUGUAAACAAUCUGAGACAAGUGAAAUAUUUUUCUUGCGGCGUGAAAAUUUGAAGCAAUACAAAAACAGUUACAACACUGUUGUACGGGGAAAUAGACAGCGUGGCAGAAAUUUAGAAUGUUUUAUUGAUGAAAGGGGUAAAAUAUUUUAUGCUCCUAGAAGAAAACUCUUUAAAAAACUGCCGACGCCAGAAGAAGAAGAAUGGGUUGAUAUUAGAAGAGGAGCUAGCAAACAAAGCCUCAAUGAAAUUGAUCCUGAGGAAUCAUCAGCCCGACCAGAUUCCAGAACUACUGCUAAUGAAAGAUUAGUGGGCGAGGAUUCAACUUUUGAAUUCCUAGAAAACCCUGAAACAGAGGGCCUUCUCUCUUCCACGGUUUCUCCACCUCCUUUACCAAGCACACCUCCUCAGUCAUCCACACCAAUACCAGAACAAGCUCCUGCAUCACUGAGAAGUAGCAGAAGCGCAAGAGUUUCAGACACAAAAUCCCAAAUACUUCCAAAAAGUGAUAGGGAUUCUAACAGAAGUAAGAAGAGUCAACGUAACAAUAAUUCACAGGUUAUUCCUGCAGUUCCAUCAAGCAGUCCAGGAAAUAUCCCACUACUUAAACAACAACCAAAAGCGGAAAAAUACAGACCAGCAUUUUUGGAUGAAUUCGGCCCAAAUACAGUAGAUACUAACGAAAAGAUGUCCGAAAAUUUACCAAGGAAGAAAUAUACAGAUAGAGACAGUGAACGAGGUAGCCAUAAAUCCUCAAAAUCACAUAAACAUCAGCAUGAUGUGGGACAUUCGUCAUCGCGUGAAAAUAAAUCUCAAUCACAUAGGUCUCCAGAAAGUUCUAGAAGUAGACAUAGCCACAUGGAUAGUCCAUCUCCAAGAAAGAGUCCUAAAUCUCCAGAACAGUCGCAACAAAGUGACCAUCGGGAUAAUAAGAAAUCUUCAAAUCGAGACUCCUCGGGCAGAAGGUUGCGAUCACACAGAUCUUCUCAUUCCUCAAGAAGAGGGGAAACUGAGAAAUCUUCUAGUGAUAGAAAGAGUCACUCAUCUCGAUCACACUCCAGAGGUGAUCCUGAGGGACAAAGCUGGAUAUAACCGCAAAAGUAAAUUGGAUGUUUAAAUAUCUUCAGAAUUAUUUAUCCUUGAUGUAGUAAAUUCUUGUUUUGAAAAAAAAAAUUCCUUAUAUUUUUCAUUUGAAAAAUUAUCAAUUUUAGCGUUUCACUAACAAAAGUCUAAAAAUAGGCUUAUUCAAUUUCAGGUAAUUGGAAACAUACUAAAUAAAACUUUAAGACAACUGUAGUACCUGAUAUCUUUUUUUUAAUCUUGACUUAAUACUAUUUCAAUACUUUACCUCCAAUUGGAAUGCUUUUAUUUUUCAGUAAUGCCACAAAACAAAUUAGUGAAUUUAUUAUAACUAAUGUUUUUAAAAAUAGUAUAGUUAUUUUUAUAUCAUGUUCUAUGAGUCUUACUCCGUCCAUUUUCCUUUAUUUUAAAAUUAGGUCUAUUAAGGUAGGUUUUGUAUAACUAUAUUUUCCAAUCUCUUCUCAUGUUAACUUGUUGCUAAAUGAUAAGUUAUAUCUUAUCCAAACAAGAAUCCUAGUCUGAAUAUUUUACAUGCAAAAUAUGAUUUGCAGUUGUAGAUUUGAAUAUCAAUGGGUUCAGAGUUUUUAUAAAUUUGUAUUAGCAAUUAAUUCUGCCGUCAUAACAGAGUUUGUUUUAUUAUUACUCCAACUGCACGCAACUUGGUUUAGGUAAAUUCUACAUAAAAAAAAAGUUUUUUAUAACUACUAUUCUUCUGAUAUUGCAUUUUGCAGCCAACAAUGAUUGAGGUUUGUUUACUAUGACAGCAAGUACAUAAUUCUCAAUGUAGUUCUGCUACCCCAUUGUAUAGAAGAUUCCUAUGUAACAAGUUAAUCUGUUUUGAGCGUAUUCUUAUGCUGUCAAGGAUAGCCACUUGCUUGCCUUUAAACAAUCCAUCAUUAGCAUAAUUAUGAAACCGUUUGAAUAUAUUUUACAUGAUUAAAUUCAGAACUUCCAUUAUUUUAGAUUACUAAUUUUUCUGCUAUUUUCAUAUAUCAAUACACUUAUUUUUGUCUUAUACCAAAUUUUCAACUGCACAAACCAUUAAAAAAUGAGCCAUUGUAUUUUUUUACCCUGUUCAUAUGAUCUUCGUCUUUAUGCACAAUGAUUAAAUACCUUCCAAUGUUGCCAAUGACAACCAUUGAUUUUUAUUUUUCAUUCGUGAUCUCGUUUUAUAACAUUUUAAUGUCUUCCUUAUAUAUUUGAACUCGUUCAAUUGCCAAUGGUACUAACAGUGACUUUUAUAUAUAUUUUUUUUUAAUGAUUCUUGUAUAUGUUUUGAUAAUUUUUUUCUUGAUAUCGUGGACCAUUGUGAAACUUAAGAUAUGGCAGUUUUAUCACGGAAGACAUAAGUCUGUUCUAUCUCCCACAAGAUAGUUCAAAACAAGUUGAAAAUUUUUAUAUUCAAUGUAGAAAAUUCUUGCUUUUAGGGAAAAUUUUUAGUUUAUACUAGUGCCUCAUUAGUUGAAUGUUUUAAAAUGGGAUAUCAAAUAUUUGAAUUAAUUAUGUUCGAUAUUUUCAAAUUUGGAUUUCAGCAAUUAUUUAGAAUAAUUCCGUUUGAAAAGUAAUUGAGAACCAACCAAAAAUUAUUAUAUGUCUAAACUUUUUUUUUUUUUUCAAAUUCAAAAUUUUUCCACUUAGAAUUUGAAAGUAAUACUUUCAUAAUGUUUUGAUAAUGGUAGAUUGUUUAAUUUUUGGCAUAAAUAACCAGAUUCACUUCUCAAUAAGAAACACAUUAUUGACAAGAUAAAUUAUUUUGAAGACAAAAUAUGUGACUAAUUUCAUAAA